AUGUCUUCGAUCAAUUUGCAGUCUCAUCGUGCUCAGCUCAUCGCAACGGCUGUAGCGGCGUCUGUGACGACCGCAGGACUUUUUUACUCGUACAGCACCCUCACGAAGCGCCGGCGACGAAAAGAGCUCGACCUUGAAAUCCGGAAAGCGCUGUCGCAGCAUGACCGGGAGCAUCCUCGUCCUGGACCUGAACCACCUUCACCGGGAGAUAUUUACAUCAAAGCUUUAGAAGAAGAGGCGGCCAAGUCUAUUAGGCUGCAGCAAGACGAGUACGACGAAGAGCUUAUUAGAGAGCAGCUCGCCAGAAAUUAUGCGUUCUUUGGGGAUGAGGGGAUGAAAAAGGUGCGGGGAGGAAGUGUCGUCGUCGUAGGGUGCGGUGGUGUCGGGAGCUGGGCAGCUGUUAUGCUCGUUAGAUCAGGUGUAUCCAAAAUCCGACUUGUAGACUUUGACUAUGUGACACUUUCGUCCUUGAAUCGGCACGCAACCGCGAAUCUCGCAGACGUUGGAACACCAAAAGUAAAAUGCGUGGAGAGGACCUUGAAGGAGAUUGCCAAGUGGGUGGAGGUCGACGCUUGCAUAGACAUCUGGAGGAAGGAAGAGGGAGGAGAGUUGCUCGACGGGUACGACUGGGUUGUAGAUGCCAUUGACAACAUCCAGACAAAAGUCGACCUGCUGAAAUACUGUCACGACAACAAACUCAAGGUCUUUUCUUCAAUGGGUGCCGGAGCCAAAUGCGACCCUACCCGGAUACAAAUUAGCGACAUUUCCUACACCGUCUACGACCCUCUGGCACGCUCUGUCCGACGCCGACUGCGCCUGCAAGGAGUCACCUCCGGAAUCCCUGUGGUUUACUCCACCGAGGUUCCCGGCGAUGUCAAGCUCCUCCCUCUUCCCGAAGAAGAGUUCCAAAAAGGACCCGUGAAGGAACUGGGAGUCUUUGAUGACUUCCGAGUCCGCAUCCUACCUGUUCUCGGCCCUCUUCCCGCAAUCUUUGGCCUCAACAUCGCCUCCUACAUCGUCUGUGAACUCUCUGGAAAGCCCAUCUCAAACCCUCUACCCAUCAAAAAUCGAAAGAAGCUCUACGAGCGGAUCUACCGAGACCUGUUGCAUAGGGAAGGCCAACUGGCUGGUCAACAACUCAAUCGACUGCCGAUAGACGAAGACGAUGUUGGUUUCAUCUUCGAGGACUUGCAUCGAGGCAGGUCCGUGAUUCCACCACACGAUGUGCCAACACGACCAACACUGGUCCGAUGGGACUAUUCAAAACCACUCACAACCGACAACGCGGUCGUCUUUGAGCACAAAGACGCCGAGAAGCACCAUAGCAGUUGUUCAGGGAAGGACGGAGUCUCGCCGGCCAGCUUGUGGGGCACUGAGGUCGAAGAGAUUGUCAACAGACGGUUUGAGGAGGCAAGAAAGAUCUUCACCUGAUAUAUGGCGUAUCUAUCACGAAUUCAUCGUUUUCGAAACGCGCAUCAUGGAGCUCCCAACAUACAUCUGAAAAAGUCGGCGAUUAUCCUCUUCCUUUCGCUGAUGCGCGUACGAUUACUGGACAGUGAGCAUUCCUUCGGCUGCUUACCCAGAUUUCGUUUCAGCACGUCAUUUUGAUGGGUGCUGGACCGACGAGCCGUCUAUAAAUAGUAGGCGCCGAGAAGUUAUUUAAUACCGUUCACAGUUUCACUCCAAGCCCCUACCUCCACAGCCCACCUCGCUCUGACCAACACCGUUUAGUAUGGCUGCAGCUU